GUCGAACGUUUGACGUCACGCAAGCGCAGUCCUACGCUUUACUCCGAUAAAACCGUGUCCGUAUAACCCAUCCCCAGGUUCUAUAUCGGCUUCGCGAAGAUAGUUAUUUGGAGUGUGGGGAUUCGUACAGAACCGGGUUUAUUGCCGAUCAUGGCGACGACCUCUUUGUUGACUCAACGACCCGCUGACUGUUGUUGGCCUCAGCAACGUCCCGGAUCGAACAUCAGUGACUUUUUCCGCUCGUGGCACCCGAACGAUUCCAUGGCUAAUCCCUUCAAUCAAGUGACCUUGCAAACGUUGCAAGACUGCGCUGACGCAGUGUUACCAACCGCGUCAUACGGAGCAUCAUCUGAUCAACGACAGACUCCAUCACCCGGACGCAAAAGAACCAAUAGCACCAAUGAAGCCGAGCACAAGAAACGAAUGGAACAUAACGAAGACUUCGAGGCCCUGCAAAGGCUCAUCCCGGCUUUGAACCAGACAAACAACCCCAGGAUUUCAAAAGCAAGAAGUCUCGAGGCAGCCGCAGAACACCUGAAAACGCUCAAGUCUCAAACGGACGCAUACGCGGAAGAAAUUCGAUCCUUGAAAUCUCAAAUUGAAUCUUUGACUGGAGAAAUUGACUCUUUCCAGAGUCAGCUUCCUGCCACAGGAGCACCCAUUUCCCAGUAUAAGACAAACAAGGUACGCGACUACUACAAGGACCAUGUGAAACAGCAAACCCUGAAAAGCUGGAAAUUCUGGAUGUUCUCUAAAAUUGUCGGGGAACACAUGGCCAAGACCUUCAACGAAAGCGUUGCCAACGCAACGUCGAAUAACCUUAGCGCCAGGACAAUGGAAUGGGCUGAAAAGCAUUGUAACCUAGUUGCCAUGCGAUCAGGUGCACUCGGUGCAUUGCGGAAGCUGGGCACGGAAACCAGCGUCCUCAGCAACCCGGAGCUGCUCAAAGAAGAAGCCGUGAAAGCAGUGCUGGAGGUUGAACUAGCCUCACCAGCAACAUUAUCACCCACUGCCGAAGAACUCAUGGAACCCCCCAUUCAAGAAACAUCAUCCUCGAAAACGAAAAAUCGACAUCAUAAGUUGUGACUUAAGUAAAAAAAAGUGUUGAUUCAUGUGAACAUGAACAUAAUGUUUUGUGUAUUUAACAAAAAAAAAAAAACCCCGACGCAUUUCUCGUUUUUUGAAUCCAUCGUCCCGCAAAAUGAGAAUGUAUCCUCGUGCAUUUUUUUUCUCUUGCACGGAAAUACAAUCUUGAGUGUAUUAAUCCUUUAACGAGACGGAAAGUAAAAAAUUUUGAACGAUUGUUUCGAAAAA